UUUAUAUUAACGGUGGUGUGUGAGAAGUGAAUUCACAAGUAUGGAAGUGCAGGUGAUAAUUUUGUGCAGCGUUUUGCUUGCGUGGGUCUCGGUGGCUAGGGCAAAGGUUGGGGCGAUGGUGGUGUUCGGGGACUCGUCGGUUGAUGCGGGGAACAACAAUUACAUAGCGACGGUUGCACGCAGCAAUUUCGAGCCAUAUGGGCGUGACUUUGAGGGUGCGAAGCCAACUGGGAGAUUCAGCAAUGGACGAAUAGCCACUGAUUUCUUGGCUGAAGCCUUUGGAAUCAAACCCUACGUGCCACCAUACUUGGACCCUCGUCAUAACAUUUCCCACUUUCUCACUGGGGUCACCUUUGCUUCUGCUGCUACUGGCUACGACAAUGCUACCUCCGAUGUGCUUUCUGUGAUACCAUUAUGGAAGCAGUUGGAGUACUACAAAGGGUACCAAAAGAAGCUGAGAGUGUAUCUUGGAGAAAGUAGGGCACAUGAGACAAUUGCCAAAGCAUUGCACAUAAUAAGUCUUGGAACAAACGACUUCCUAGAGAACUAUUAUGCAAUCCCUGGUAGAGCAUCACAGUAUACACCAAGAGAGUAUCAAAAUUUUCUUGCUGGAAUAGCUGAGAAUUUCAUCCACAAACUCUAUGCUCUUGGUGCAAGAAAAAUAUCCUUAGGGGGUUUACCUCCUAUGGGGUGCUUGCCUCUGGAGAGAACCACAAAUUUUGUUGGUGGAAAUGACUGUGUGCCAAGUUACAAUAACAUUGCAUUAGAGUUCAAUGCCAAACUCACUAAGUUGACAACGAGGCUGAACAAAGAUCUUCCUGGGAUCAGAUUGGUAUUUUCAAAUCCGUAUGAUAUUAUGUUGCAAAUUAUUAAAAAGCCAGCUCAGUAUGGGUUUCAAGUGACCUCAAUGGCAUGUUGUGCUACUGGAAUGUUUGAGAUGGGAUACGCAUGCAGCAGGGCCAGUUCUUUCAGUUGCAUAGAUGCUUCCAAAUAUGUAUUUUGGGACUCAUUCCAUCCAACGGAGAAAACCAAUGGUAUCAUUGCAAAGUACCUCGUAAAGAACGUAUUAGCUCCAUUUUUGCAUUAAAAAAAUCAUUUCAAAUUAAUUUUAUGUACGGAAUGUAAUGUCAUUAUGUCUCUUUGCUUAAUGGACUACUUAAAUUAAAUAAUAUCCCAAUCAGAAUUGUUUCAUAAUUAUGUAGCAAAAUGCGCGUAUUCACUUCUUGA